GCGACUGCUACGUUACUCGCCACAAAGAAAAAGCCAACUAGAUAUUUCCAUUCAUUGUUUUUUGCGUGGCGGAGAUCGAACGUGACAUGGUGCUCCUGUCGGACAAAGACUUCUGAACAUCCGAAUCGGUCACCGUCGUGUGGGUUAUCCUGGGCCAAUAUUUUCUAGUCGUCUUGACGCUUGUGUAACCCUGAAUAACACACGACGGUGACGAUAAUCAGCAAGUGCGACAAAUCGGUUCUCGCGCACCCAUUGGUCGAUAAAGCAGCCAGUGCACGUGAUGUGCUUCCCGUAGAAAGCGUUGCGGAGGACACGACAUACUCAGUUCGCAGGAAAACACGGGUUUUCUCGGCGAUUUCUGAUCGGCAAUUCAAACCCUUCCGAGAAAAUCGCUCACAUCUGCGUACCAGGCGAGUGACAAGUGAAAGUUUCGUGGAAGGAAAACUUCCAAGGCUCCCACGAUUGAAUACGUCGUACGUUGGACAGCCCCUUCAGAACGUAUCUCACUCGAACUGAGUCCGACAGAAAAUGAGUUCGCUGCUGAAUACACUUUUAGAGGCAGCUCGAUUUUUGGAACUCCAAGAACAACAGCAACAAAAUCGCGCGACGGUUGCAGAAACGCUAGUCACGAUGAAACCCGUAUCCCCAACGCCCGCCCCCAGUAGUCCAACUAGGACGAUAACUCCGACGUACACCAAUCUCAAAACAGUCACCGCAAAUACUUCGCCCCAAACAGUCGUCAUAUCUUCCAGCAAUAUUGCACCAGCUAUCAUUCAAGGGCCGAUUACGUUCACCUCAACUCCUCCUUCACAGUAUGUUAAAAAGAUCGAUCAGGACGGCCAUGUCUCGAGUACGACGGUGGUUUCCCAAAUCCCCAGGCAGAGGAUUCUACAUAACAGUUUCGAUAUAAGGAACCCGUUGGUAAUCGAUGAAACCAACGGAAAUGAUAGCAAAAGGAAACAACCCCCAAUGGUAUUCAGGGCUGGCACCCGAGAAGUCCAUAACAAGCUCGAAAAACAUAGAAGAGCACACCUUAAAGAGUGUUUCGAUAUCUUGAAGAAGCAGCUGCCCUCUACGCAAGACGAGAAAAAGACUUCCAAUUUGAGUAUUCUCCAUUCAGCUUUGAGGUAUAUUCAGACUUUGAAAAGAAAAGAACGGGAGCUGGAACAUGAAAUGGAAAGAUUGGCAAGAGAAAAGAUCAGUGCGCAACAGCGUUUGGCGGUUCUCAAAAAGGACAUUUCAUCGCAUUUCGACAAUGUAGACUUUUCAAAACUCUUACCUGAAGUUGUUGCUUCCAGUCCAAGUACUAGUUCAGUGCACGAUACUAUUAUGGACACCAGAAAUGAGCCGGUUAAUGCCAGCAUCAAUGGACAGAAUGGUAGUAGCCAAGAGAAGGUUGCUAUUCCAAUAUUGGCAAAAACUAGCAUUCCUGUAGUCACCCAGAAUCUGACACUGAAAGAGGUUUCCCAGCCUGUACAAACGACAGCUCUAUCAAUGCUUCCAAUGACAUACCCAGUGAACCAAGGUCUGGUCCUCCAGAAAGUGGCAAUCGUCCCAAAAGGUCUCGAUGGACUCACCCCAUUAGUGUCUACCCAUUUCAUCACAGCCCCUCAGCAAAUCAAUGGAAAAGUGGUACCGUUGGCGCAAUACCUCAUGAAACCAGUCGUAGUUGUCAGCACUGCUUCACCUCGUCCGAGCUAGUGGGGCUGAACGUAAUUUGCCCAGAUUAUAUACAGAAAUGAUGAUGAUAAUGGAAAUUCCUCGUACAAGGGUACAAAAGUAAUAAUAGGAUCACUCAGCGUCAGACUUUCGAAACAGUUGCCAAGUGAAACAAUGAUAUAUUAUUCCAUGAAACUCGUAGUGAUACUAGAGUCGAAAUAUAUUAUGUUGAUAUUCCUCGUUAACGAACUUGGAGUAAAUGUCCUCACAGAGUUUGAGGGUUUUUCUAUGUGCACCUUUUCAUUUAUUGAAAACCAAGGGAUGACCACAGAACUCUUCAGAACAGUCAGAGACUGAUAUUUCAUCAUUCACUUCAAUAUAUUAACAAUCGAUUAUCAAAUAAAAAGUGAAACUAGAAUCUCUGGCAUAGAAUAAAUCCAAAGCAAGCACUUUUUCCAAUAACCAGAAAUGCAAUACACUCGACGUGGAUAUUUCAGGAGAUGGAGAAAAAGUACAUCUCCUGAAAACACGCUUUUUACCAAUCAAGUGAAGACAACGUGAGUUGAGAAAAGUUUGCAUUUCUGGUGAUUGGCGAUUGAAUCAAUUAUCAUUUAUCCAAUUGAUCAGUUGACGAACCGGUUUCGGUUUUUCAGAACGUGGACGAAUGGUGGAUUUUGAAUUUCCAUUGUCUAAAAAUAUGAAUUUGGAUAAAUCGAUGUUUUAAAAAAGUAAAAUUGUAAGGGGGCUGAAGUUAUAAUGCUCUGAUGAGUUUUUGAAAGGGAGGAUGGAAAUGAAAGUGGAACAGUGGGGGAAAGCAAUACAAAUCACAAAAAUAUGGAUAUGAAAAAUAAAUUCAGUUGAUUUGAAUAACCCUUUUUUCAAACUAGAAUUAAUAUCCACUGAAAAAUUACAGUUAUUUCAGAACAGAAUUGAUUCACACGUAUAUGUAUACAGCGUGUUAUUUGAAAAUGAUGCACAGCAAUAUGUCGGAAGAACACAUGCAGAAGUGUUAAACCAAGCCAAUUUUUAUUCUGAGGGAGAUAUCACCCACAAGGGAUGAACUAACGAAAUCAGUACGUGGGAUACCUUUCACCUCCAUUCUCAUAUUGAUACUGUCUGUCUUUGAAAUAUUCAGAUAUUCAGAGUCAAUCGUUUUUAACCGAACAUACUGUAAAAAUCAAAAUAAUUCCGCAGGGGCAUAUGAAAAUUUCGUAACUCCCAUUUUCUGCAUAUUUAAUAUAGAACUGGCGGUGAUUGUGGAUACAUGCACUUUUCUUUUUGGCCUUAUUUUUAUUUUUUCCUGCUUUCCAAUACUCGUCUCAACAUUUCAGUUAUAUUUCUUAUUAAUUUCUCAAUCAUUGAUAAUUGUCUUGGGAAACAAAAUUAUCAUCAACAAAGAUGAAUUUUAUGAUUGAUCUCAAUAUACCAAUAUUUUGUGCAAGGAAAGAUAUAUUUUCAAGUGACCUCAGAAAACUUCAGAAAAAUGUUUACGCUAGCAUCUUCUCCUAUGUUAAAAGUUUACUUCUUCAAAAUUAGAAAUUUUGAGUCUUCAGAGUUAGGUGUUUUCAUUUUUUUUUUUGUGAUGUUAAUGCUCAUUUCGAGAAAGGCUCAGUUGAAAUGGUUUCUUGAGAAGAAAUCAAGUUCAAAAUGAAAAAAAAAUACCCAGCACCUAUUGAGUAUCAAAAUACUACACUCCAAUAUGUUUUCAUUAAAUUGUAAGUUGUUGGGCCAGACAGUAUUAUACAAUGUAAAGAAUGAAAUAUCAUUAAGGGACCACUGGCCCCAGAUUCAUCAGUAUUUUCAGAAAUUACCAAAUUGAUUGAAAACAUAUUGAAAAAGUAAGGCUAUUUUGGGAAAGCGAAUCUAUAGGACAUGCAACUUUACUCACUAACACUUGAAAAAUGUAUCUUUCUUUCAAUUAUUUUUUGCCUUUUGAAAAUGUAACAUAUAAAUUGGGAAUCUUAGGUAACUAAUAAAAUAACUAGAAUUUAAAUCAAAAUCUUCAAAGACACUGUAUAAAAUGUGAUGCAAUUAUUAGGUAAACGUCUAUAUUAAAAUUUCCUGCACAGGCAAUUAAAAGUUUAUAUUAAUGUGUGAACAUAGUUCGCUUGUUUCUCUUGAGUAUUUUUCUUUUUUUUUAUUUUACUCCAAAAUUGAAAAGAAUGACUGAUAUUUUAACUUCUUCUGUACAAAUUAUACAAACAAAAUUUUAAAGAAAUUUUAUAUUUUUUAUCUGCUUUAAUAAUUUAUAUAUUAUAGAAAAAGUUAUCGAUAUAUAUGUAUAUUGAAUUUGUGUUUUUAGGUUUAUAAGGGUCUUUACCCAUAUUUUAUUAGAUCUCCUAGAUAACUUUUGUCUGUAUUUAGUUUUAUUUGAUCUUUAUUGUACAUAAAACUUGAUCAAUUUAACCUCUGUACAUACUUAACUUAAGUUGUAAAUAUGGCGGUAAAUUAACUUUUCCUCUUGUAUAUAAAUAACAUAAACUUCAAUUCCAAAAUGUCUUGGGAUUGAAAUGUAUUUAAGACAAAAAUAAAAUCAAUAAAUCUGAAAAUGUUGA